AUGACUACUCUCGUACGGACCCGCCAGCCGCUACAAGUCUUGAGCAUGAGCAACCAGCCGGAGCGGCGUUACAGUAAACGCCUCGCGGCUGCAGCAACAUAUGACGAACAAGAUGGCGAUUUUCUUUUUACGCGCGUAUCAAAGAGGCCCAAGACAGCGCCGACGCCCGAGACUGAUGAAUUGGAGCCCGAGCCGACGUCCGCCUUGGCCCCGGGCCCAGCCCCAGCGAAGAGGAGCGUAGGGAGACCGCCAAAGGGGGGAGCAAAGAGACGCGCCUCGCCGCCGGAACCCGCGCCAACACCGGUUACGGCGAAACCUGUACCAUCCAGGCCGGCAGCAGCAACGAAGCUAUCGACGUCGAGGAGGACAUCGAAACGAAAAUCCAGUCCAGCCACUGCGCCGGAGGCCGAAGAAGAGGUAUCCGCACCGCCCACAUCCAAGCCGCGACGAAAGGGGCGGGAAACGGCGGAAAAACGGCCGCAGCAACAAAGGCGAGAGCCAAAUGGCAGGGGGAAAGCGCGGGAGGAGAGUUACGAUGACGAUGAUCGGCCAAAUCUCCUGGGCGAGGGGGAUGAGACGCCAAGGGCCGAUGCUUCAAUGGGGAGACCCCUUCAUGGAGGGUCGCAACCGCAAAUGAUCGCCCUCCCCUUCAGCGAUACACCCGUGAUCAACCGCAACAAGGAGUUUCGCAAAAAGGGCGGCGCGAGCGGGAGCCGGCGCAGCAGUUUGGGCAUGCGCGGGCGGCGGGCAAGCUCGUUGCUCGACAAUGGGCAGAGCGCGCUGCCGCACCGCGAGGUGGACCCGUCCGAAUUCUACAAGUACAUCUCGGCCGAGGGGUUGAGCGAGCCGCGGCGGAUGAAGCAGCUGCUGAUAUGGUGCGGCGAGAGGGCGCUUAGUGAGAAGCCCCCGCAUGGCACGCACGGGGCGAGCGCGGUUCAUGGAGCACGCGCAAUACAAGAUAUACUGCUCAAGGAGUUCGCGGCGAGGUCAGAGUUUUCGGACUGGUUCUCGAGGGAGGAUGCCCCCAAACCGCCAGUUCCGGUGGUAUUAAAACCGAACCCGCGAAAUGUCGACUACGACGCCAAAAUUGCCGAGCUGGAAGCCAAGAUUGAAAGAUUAAAAGCCCAGAAAAAAGCCUGGCAAUCCAUCGCCAAACCCUUACCAACCGUCCCGCCCCUUUUCCCGGACAGCGACAGCAACAACCCAGACCCUUCAGAUCCGCGAAAAUGUCCACCACCAGACCCGUCCCUGCUCGACGAGGCCGAAACCAAGAUGCUUCAAUCCCUAACCAACCCAGACACCUCGUUUGGGUCCUUUAAGCGGCAGGUGCGCUCGCGCCUGCAGAACCUGCAGGCCGAGCUCGAGUUCCGGGUGGACCUGCUCGCCGACAGCGUGCACAAGCUCGACAUGCGCGUCGUCACGGCGGGCAGGGAGGCGGAUGCCGUGCUGAAGCUGAGUGCGGAGCGGCUGAGGCAGCGUGAGGAGAGCGAGAAGCGCGCCGUGGGCACUGCUGGGUUGCCUACCAUGGAGGUGUUAAGGAGUUUGGGGAGGAUAUUACCGCCUGAGGGGGAUUCGUUGGGUUGA